GCCUCACCUGUCCGGUGGGACGGGGUCCGGCGCGGCUCCUCGCCCUGCCCCGCGCCUGCUGCCGCCUGCCCGCCCCAUCCCGCCGCGCUGGGAUUUUGGGAAGGGGCGGAUGGCGAUAACAGCGAGCCGACCCGCGAGCUGCAAACCGGCUUAGGCAUCGCCCGGCUCCAGCGCUCUCAGAGCUCCUGGUGGAAAUGCCAGCGGAGAGGAGAGAGAUUCCUGCUGGGAGUUCUCUCCGGCGUCACCCUCCGGGGAGGGGGGACGGGGGGCGGGCAAAGUUCGGCUCCUAUAAAGUCAGGUCUGGUCCUCUUCAUUCAUUCCCCGGGCAGCCCCGCCGGCAGCAGCACGCCCAGCCCUUGCAGAAGAUUCGGGAGCAAACCCUGCCCUGCAGCCGCCGGAUUCGUGCGGGAUGCUGAGCAGAGCGGUGCGGGGCGCCGCGGCCGCCCUCACCUGCCUGCAGCUCCUGCUGCUCCUGUCGGCCGUGCAUUCCCGGCCCCACAGCUGGGACCAGGACCGCUCCCAGCUGGAAGCCGUGAAAAAGGAGAUCCUGGAGCGGCUGGGAAUGCCGGCACCCCCCGUCAUCCGGCGCCAGCUGGACCAGGAGAGCAUCCAGAGAGCGCAGCGGCUCUACCAGCGCAAAGCGGCGGAGCUGGCGGCGAACCGGAGCCGGGAGGAGGAGGAAGAGGAGGAAGCCGUGUCCAGGCUGCACCGCCUGACCCCCACCUUGCUGCGCUGGCUGGACACCCCCGAGGGACACCGGGACUCUCAAGGCCACCGGGACGCCCAGGGACACCGGGAGCCCCUCGGUCCCUACCGCUACCACCUCCUGCUGUCCCGCACCGCGGAUUUCCAGCGGCAGCUCCGCGUGGUGCAGGCGGAGCUGAAGCUCCUCAAGCGGCCGCCGUCCCCUCCCGGCGCCUCGGUGCCACCGCGGGUCACCAUCUCCACCCUGCGGGGGGCUGAGGGGACCCCCCAGCUCCUGCAGAGCCAAGAGCUGCGGCGGGAUUCCCUCAGCCUGGACCUGACAGGAGCCGUCCGGCCCUGGGCGGCCGGGCCCGAGGCCACGCUGCGCCUGCAGCUGGACUUCAACAGCGACAUCUCGGCCUCCCUGGCCACCUCCGGGGGGCAAACGCUGGUGCUGGAGGUGGAAACCCUGGAGAAGCCGCCUCGGGCGGCCAGGAGAGCUCGGGGGCUGGAGGAGGAGUGCGGCAAGAGCGAGGGGAAGUGCUGCCUGAAGUCGCUGAAGGUCUCCUUCCAGGACAUCGGCUGGUCGGACUGGGUGAUCGCCCCCAACAGCUACUUCAUGAGGUUCUGCGAGGGCUCCUGCCCCCACAACUACAAACCGGCCAGCAUGCACGCCCAGAUCAAAUCCCGAGUGCACUCCCUGUCCAAGGCCACCCCCCCGCCCUGCUGCGUCCCCGCUGGCUACGACCCCAUGGUGCUGAUGCACCUGGACAGCCAGGGCAGGCUGGUGUCCAGCCUCUUCGAGGACAUGCUGGUCACCAGGUGCCACUGCGCCUGACAGCUCCAGCUGGGGGGUGUCAGCAUCCAGGUGGGGCACAGCCAUCCCGACUCCUGGCAGCUCCAGCAAACCAAAAUCCAGCUCCUGUGGCACCGAGUGACACCAGACCUGGAUCCGCCCUGAGCUCAACCCUGGGUCUCCAGCAUCAAUGUCCCAAAAUCCAGCUCCUGUGGCACCGAGUGACACCAGACCUGGAUCCGCCCUGAGCUCAACCCUGGGUCUCCAGCUCCAGCAAACCAAAAUCCAGCUCCUGUGGCACCGAGUGACACCAGCCCUGGAUCCGCCCUGAGCUCAGCCCUGGGGUCUCCAGCUCCAGCAAACCAAAAUCCAGCUCCUGUGGCACCGAGUGACACCAGACCUGGAUCCGCCCUGAGCUCAGCCCUGGGGUCUCCAGCUCCAGCAAACCAAAAUCCAGCUCCUGUGGCACCAAAUUGCUCCACAUCUGUCCUGGAUCCACCCUGAUCUCUGGGGUCUCCAGCAUCAUCGUCCCAACGUCCAGCUCCUGUGGCACCAAGUGACCCCACGCCAGCCCUGGCUCUGCUUCAGCCCUGGGGUCUCCAGCUCUGCCCCCCGGCUCAGCCCCAGCACCUCCACUUGGGAUCCCUCUACCAAAAUAAUUUAUUUUCCUGUCUCUUCUCUAAUUUAAACCCAUCUUUUAUUGAGCAGGUGGGUCCUUCUCACCCCAGAGCCCCCCAAGGGCUGGGGUGGGUGCGUGCCCAGGUGUCCAUAUCCCACUCCAAACCCUCAGAGACUUAUUUAUACAACCCAGUUAUUUAUUUCUAACUUAUUGUAUUUUAUAGAAAAAUAUCCUUUUUUUUUUUUGGGGGGAGGGGAAAGAAUAAGAUGGUUUUGUGCUUUUCUCUUUCACCUAUUUCUACAAAACCGAAAGGAUGUAAUACUAAUGAAUAAAGUGAUUUUAACAGGGGUUCUGGCUGCUCCUCCUGCACUCCUCAGGGGGCUCCUUGGACCCUCAGCUCCCCUGGGAUCUGCCUCCACGUGGAUUUGCUGGUAAAUCCUCAGGGGUUUCCAGUGCCAGCAUGUGAGUAAUGCCUGGGCACUGCUCCCAGGGACCUUUGAGUUGUUUGUGUCCUUGGCAAGGGCACUGGGCGCAGCUCUGACCCCUGAGGUGACGUCCAGCUGGGAGGUGACCGUUGUCCCAUUUCCAGGGCACCCCGUGGGCACCAAAGGGAUGGGGGAGCCCCCCCGGGGGUUGGUGGCACUCGCCGUGUCCCCACCAUGGCUCCAGGGGGUGGCUCUGCUGCUCACAGGUCCCUUCUGUCCCCUCUUCCAGUGUGAUCUGGGGCUCUCCCGGGCUCAGCAGCUCCUGCUGGGGACCUGGCCUUGGGGCAGGUGGAAUAUGGGGUCUCUCUCUGGGGUGGGGAUUUUGGGGACCGGGGACUGAGGGGUGCGAGCUGUGAAGAUGGCCUCUCUGGGGACAGGGACAGGAGAAACCUGGCUUUUGGUCCCUUGGCACCCCCACUUUG